GUGCAACAUGCAAACGGUUGUUGGGCUUCGAACAGGUAAGCCUUGCGCGGCCGCCCAUGGCCCUCCCCAGGCUGCCCAUCCCACGGCUUCUAUAAGACGCAUUUCAACCAGGAACUCUAAUUUACAAGAUUUCCCCAUCCUGCAAAGUCGUUCCCAGCAAAAACUUCCACCAUGACUCAAAGCGGUGCCUUCUCAACGCUGAAGGAAGGCGCGGUGGGCACACCGAUUGCAUUGAACGACGACACUCUCAAGCAUCUCAAUAGCCUGGUUUUCUCCACUGCGGCACUGAAACGGGCUGGUUAUGUUGUUGAGAAACUUACCGAUUCCGAACUUGAACAAAAGAGACGAUGCAUGUCGUGCGGUAUCCGAAUUGGAAAGCCACCCCGCAUUCGAUAUCACAACACCAACCCAGUUGCCGAAAUCCAACAGCCGAAAGCUGAAGGCAGCGAGCCUCCGGCGUCUGAAGACGCAACCCAUCCUGGCGCUGAUAUCGCAAAGCCAAGGCCACCCCGCUGCAACUUCCACCCCGGCAAGGUGGUUUACAAAACAUGGACAUGCUGUAAGAAGCAUGUCAGUGAAGACCCUUGCACGGGCAAGGAGGACCACGACGUGCAGGAUGACCGCAACGGAACAAACGAAAAGCGAUGGCAGUUUCACCCUACCGCUUCGGGUGUUACGACCAAGCAUCGCGUAGCCGUCGCCAUCGACUGCGAGAUGGGAACCGCUUUCGACGGCGAAAGCGAGCUUAUCCGCCUUACCGUAGUUGACUACUUCACGGGCAAGGCGCUCAUCGACAGUCUAGUUUAUCCCGAUAUUCCCAUGAAGCACUUCAACACUCGAUGGUCGGGCAUUACGAGAGGCGACAUGGAGAGGUCGCGCCGCGAACGGAAGUGCAUCAUGGGCAGGGAUGCUGCUCGGACGGCCAUCUUUCGAUACGUGGGGCCCUCCACUAUCGUCGUGGGACACGGGGCCCAAAGCGACCUACUAUGUCUCCGAUGGAUCCACCAUCGGGUGGUCGACUCUCUUCUCGUUGAGUCAGCGCAGCGGAAGGAGGCCGAGUUAAAAGCGGAGGAAGAGAAGAAGAAGAAGGAGGAAGAAGAGGCUCGGCAAAGGGCUGAGCUUAUGGAAGGGGACGAGUCCGACGGAGGGGUUGAGAUUAAGGAAGGCGGCGAGCCCGGGAAAGACGCUGAGGUUCAGGAAGGGGACAAGCGGAGGCAAGGGGGGCCGGGUGAUAAUAAAACACGCCGCAAGAACAACCCUGACGGGAUGUCGCUCAAGGCGCUCGCCAUGAAACACUUGGGGCGGGCCAUUCAGGUGGGCAAGAAGGGUCAUGACAGCUUGGAGGACGCUCUGGCAGCCAGAGACUUGGUCCAUGCCUACAUUACCGGCCUGGCCAGUUCUGCCACGUUGAUUGAUGUGUCGACGUCUGGCAAGGCAGCGUAACUCGAGGCUAUCUUGCAGUUACAGGGAACUGCUGUGUGGUUGUCCUGUUAAGUUGAGGGAACAAGAUGAUGGUCUUUUGCUUGUGUUUGCACAGAAACUCAACGCCUGAAAUUGCCGGUUCAUUUUCU